UGAUCGAGUUAUCAAGCGAAGUGUUCUCAUACCAAAGCGAUUUUUGUAUCGAUAGUUACCAACAAUUUUACCGUUGCGAAAGCCAUGUAUUCCGUUAUUCGCAAGUCGGCCAACUUACUUGUAGUCAUCCUGGCCUGUUACAGCAGUCUGUACCUGUCUGGCUGUGUGCUCGGGAAAUCUCCUGUCUCUCUGCCUUGCCUACCAACCAUCGUGACAUCUUGGCAGACAGGCAGUGUCGUCAUCACUGACGCCACCGAUGACUACUCUAUCAACGAUGAGAAGUUCAAGUUCUACCGAGAACUCUCAUCUGUAUGGGCGGAACUUUUCCGCUCCUUCCACCCAAUGCCGUCACCAAGUAGCAAGCAUGCCGCCACCAACGUGCUGCAGGACUUCAUUGCCGAUGUUGUCCAUUUCCUGAACUCCUGUUGGAUGAAUUCAGAUGCCCAAGCAGCGAUGAUCAGCCUAGCUACUUGGUACCUGUCCGUUGCGACUCUCAUUGGGAUUGCCUCUCGGGUGUUCUCGCCACGUCCUCGUCAAGUGGCGAGCCGCCCACGCGGGGACUCGUGUUUCAAGAUUCCCGGACCGUCUUUCUACAAUCUACGACAUGGUCCGGUAUCCGCAUCUCCGCAGUCACACGUGUCCUGGCACCGUGUGACCUACCUGGGCUUGUACCUCAUCUUUGGGGUACCCCUGGGUAUCUGGUGGAUCUACAGCAGACCCAUCGUCCACCCAUCUCAGUUUGGUGCCUCGUCUGUUCCAUGGUCUUUGGCAACUCAUCUUCUGAACCUGAUCAAGUCUCUCUUAGAACGAGCCAUCGAGAUGUUGGACCAACUGAACAUACAAUCACCGUUAGCCAACACCAAAGGGCUGGGGUACUUUGUUGCUGCUGCCGCCCUGUGCUUCAGUUACCUGCUGGUGCUUGUUGCCUUGUCUCUACUCAUGCAACAACCCAAACGGAAAUACAGGCUCACUCAUGCAAGGCGUAAGUGUUGCAUGGAGCGGAUGGGAUCGACGCUCCGAGUAAUGAGUUCCUCAGCUAUCCUCGGUAUCUUGACUGCCCUGAGAUAUGUUUCUCGCUGCAUCCUGAUACUUCCAACAUCCAGGACAACAUUAUUAGCUCCUCAUGCUGUCCCAGAUAUUUCAGGUGUACCAAUUACAAAAGGGGCAAAUAUUGUAAGAUGCAAAAACACUCACACAAGUAACAGCGACGGCAAUAAUUCGCAAACAAGACGAGCAAACCCACAGCCGAACACUGGGAGUGAGGGUGUGAGACACAACCACCAACAUGAUCAACAAACUGCAAUUAACUUGAACGUCCACAUUCAGCCGAAAGUCAAAGGAGAGACACUUGAAUAUCGGGAGCAAGUUCAGGAUCAAGAAGAGGCAACGCAAGCGUUGGGAAUUCAACAACGGUCAGGUGAGAACAGCCCAGAUGACGUCCACCAUCCGACGGAGUUUCAGCAACCUUCACCGAGAAAGUCGUUGUUUCAAAGAAUGGCUGAAGCUCAACUACGUUUACAAACUCAAAGUGUGGGGAAACUACACAAAAUGCUGCCAAAUGAACUUCAAAAACAGAAGGUUAGGAAACAGGGCCAGAAACAUGCCCAACAGCCUCAGGAUCUAAAACGACAAGUCGAAAGCCGUGAACAGGCAGAUCUGAAACAGCAAGAUUUGAAUACAACGGGUUGCUUCCGCUUCAACGCCUGGAACCACCCAGAGCUUCCUUCGCUGGACAACCACAUCAGAUUCUUUGCAGAACGAAUACGGAAAGAGAAAGAAUUUCAAUCCCUGUCAGGUUCUGCAAAUCCUCGAAAUGAGCAUCAGAGACGAAGAGAGGCUUCCAAGCAAGUGCGUCUAGACAAACAGCACGAUAUUACUCAACAUCUGCACAGGCAUGAUGUAGAUUCAGAGGGAUGCCUGCAUUUCAAUUCUUGGCACAGUCGACGGUUUUCUCCUGUAGUCAACCUCCUCACAGUAUUUCCUCAAAGGUAUGCCGAGUAUGAUGGCAAGACUUGGUUCCAACAAAGCCCGUUUGCAAAACACCAAAGUGAGUCAGGGACUGAGUUUCAGCUGCAGGUAGAACAACUAUGCCAAAAGAAAACACAAAAGCUGAAGACUUGGAGUCGCGGGCAAGAGCUGGUUCUGCAGCAAGAAGACCUGGCUGAACCAAAACAGCAAACUGAGUCCAGCAAGUUGGUAGAACAACAACCACAAUAUGAACUGCAAAAACGGUUACCGUCUCCAGAGGAGAAAUCCAAAGAAAAGUUGGAUCAGCAAGACCAGCAAAGGGCAGGCCCAGCUUCCGAGCCUUCCGGCAACCCACUUAGCAAGCAUGACAUUCGAACGAGGAGACGCUCAGUAUGGUUUGCAGACGACGCAUCGCUGAAGGAAACUGCCUUCAUCGUCAAGAACCCGUCAAGUGAAAUCGUCAGUAACUCCGUCAUUAAGCCGGAUAGUCCGAACUCCAAGCCAGAGUCAUGUUCCAAGACUUUGAAGGGAAUUCUAGCUGAUGCCAGGCGUCAGCGUCGGUCUUGCCCUCGACCUUGGAUCGCCCUCCCUCCUCUGCCCGGCGGUCAACGCAGAGCGCAACGGAGAGCUAUCGCAGUCACUAUGAACACUGAGAGAUGCCGAGCUUGGGCGAUAGAGUUGGAGAAAGAAACGAGAGCAGAAUCAUCAUCAAGAGGAGCAUCAACAAACGGAGACAGUGGAGACCGAGGGCUGGCGGCAACAUGUGCAGGUUGACGAUGAUGCGUUCAAAGUAACAGGACAACAGCUCUUCCGUGAGGAGGGCGAGAGUAAGAACUCACGAAAAGAAAAAAAAAAACUUCACAAAAACACAAGAAAAGAUCGAAGGCUGAUGAACAGUGUGGUGACGAUUAAAGUCAUACAGCUACAACAAAACUCGUUUGAAGUCCACAUGUACAUGUGGUAGUAUUUUGCAUUGAACUGAUCAACCUGUUUAAACUGCCUUGUGCAUUGACAACAAGUCCGAGAAUGAUCUUUUUUAAUGCACCAAAGUCAUCUUAGCCGCGAUUCAGACGAAAUGGAAGCUAGUGUUGCUUAUAUACCGUAAUGCUUCAGCAGCUAUAUUGAAAGUAACAAGUACUGUUUUUACGGGUAAAAAAAGGGGAAGACCAACACUAGUAUGUCACAAUUCGAGAACAGUGCACAAAAUAAUGAAACGAUUUCGUAAUUUAAUAAAUCGAAGUAUUGAUUACAAUUAUAAGCGCACUAAUAUCAAAAGACAUUAAGGGAAACAAAUCAAUUAUUUCAUGCAGCAAACCUUUACUGUGGACUUUAGAUAAAGUAUAAAAAAAAAAGUCAACUGAAAAGCAAUUACUGUUUUUUUUUAAGAAUCCAAUUCAGGUAAAAAUGUUUAGUUAUCACAAAUGAACUCUUUAAAAUAAAUUUCAUAUAGUGCCAGAAUGGCUAAUUUAUAUUAUUAAUUGCCUGCUCAACGUUUUACUUUUUAAGUACAAACGAAGUAAUUAUAAAACAU